GCGAAGCAGGCAGCCGGCGAAUGCGUAUCGCCUACAAUUUCCAGCUCUAAAGAAUCCGCGGGCUCCAUCGUGUUCCAUCGCUCCGAAGCGUGUGUUGUCUUAUCGAGUAGCCAAUUGGUUGGCAGCGAUCACGGAGGUUGCACAACCCCAAAAGAAUCCACAAAUUCAUCCACAUCCUAUCCGCCGGAGUGCUAAAUAAUAAAUCCAAUACAAGAUGGCCGGAACGGGAUUCGCCAAGUGCUUUAUUCUAUUCAUGGCGGUGGUCAUACUCGCCCAGGGAGUCAUCUAUCUUGGUCUGUCCCUAUGGGGAAUCACUUUCCGGGACUGCCAUGAGGCCACGGUAUUCAAUUCCAACCCAUUCAAGUUUGCCAUGGAGCUGAUUUACUUUACGCAAAAGGACUGCAGUCCACCUUCGCUUAUCGUAAACGAUCAUGACUAUUCACUGACUAUCACUAAUUGGGAUAAAUCCUAUGAAAUCGUCAAUCGAGAGUACAUCUUCAUGAUCACCUAUGCGGUCGUCAGUGGACUUUGGAUAGCCACCUCGGUUCUGAUCAUUCUUACUUUAUGCAGUCGUACUACCAAACUGAUAUCUGGUGCCCUUUACUGGCCCUGGUUUUUGGCCGUUAUCGGUGGUAGCGCCCUGGACGUAGUGGCCAGUGUGUAUCAUGGAAUUGAUUUGAGCCACACAAUGACACUGGAUGAUGCAUUCGCCUACGUAGGAGCUGAGGCUAGCCAGGACGAGCCGUACUGGACAAUCCUGCUGAACUUGGGUGUGUACUUCUCGACGCCGGCCAUAGUAAUGCUCUGCCUGACUGCCCGAGUGGGCAUCCUCUGGUUGCUGAACAUCAUCGGCGUCAGCUUCUGCCUGUCCCUCUCCAACGUGAUGGCCAGCCAAAAUGCGGCGAAGGCUGUUGUGAGCCGGAGUGAGGCUCCCACCCGCCAGCCAACCCCCCAGCCUGCCGUGGUAGAGCCCCAACCAAUGGUGCAACCCGCUUUGGUGGCGACGGCUGUGCUGCAACCGACUGCCCCCUUGGAGAGCCCAGAGUAUCCCGAGCAGAUCCGUCCCAAACCUCUUCCCAUUUUCAUACCGGCCGACCAGAGCCUCCAGCGCCAGGACUCGCGUCAGUUUGCGGCUGGAGAUCGCACCACCCUUCAGUCGCCAGUUAUGGUGCUGCCACCCCAGGUCCCACAACCCCAGAGGGAGGUGGUCUCCCCGCAACCGGACAUAAACACUUACCGCACCACUGAGGCUCAUCCGGAUCGUUUGAACUAUCCGCCCGCGGAGUCGCCGGCACCGCGAGCUCCCUCACCAGCUGUCCAACAACUGGCCGUCACCUCCCCGCUAAACAACCGCUACAGCGAAAUCUACCCAGCUCCGCCAGCCAAUCCACGGGUCAGUGAGGAGUUGCGAAACCAGAUGCCCUGGUCCUAUACCAGCAUGAUAACCAAGCCGCCACCACCGCCCCGAAAACCCCAGCUGCAGGUACAGAUCUACCCGCAGAUCCCAGAGCCCGAUUACGCGGACCACGACCACUAGAAAGGAAAAGCGCUGGGGACGAGCAGCUCGAAGCUGAUUGCGGGUUAAUCAGCCAGGAUGCGCGGUUGUGUUGAGUUUUGUGUUAUUGUUAACUUUAUUGCAUAAAGCUAAAGCUGAUGGCCAA